UAUAUAAAGCGGACGGAUAGCUGACAUCCUCUAUCAAAUCCGGAGAUUUUCGCGAGAAAGUGAGAGGUCGAGAGAGAAAAUAAUUCGCAGGGAAUUAGCGAGAUCCUGCAAUUUUCCUGCGUUUUCUCUCUUCAAUCUUCUCCGGCUAUCUGAUCUAUCCGUCAUCAUGACAACAUCAAGGCGUCUUGCAGAAAGAAAGGUGGAGAAGUUCCAAAAGAACAUAACAAAGAGAGGAGCUGUGCCUGAGACAACCACAAAGAAGGGGAAGGAUUAUCCUGUUGGUCCUGUGCUUCUUGGGUUCUUCAUAUUCGUCGUCAUUGGAUCAUCUCUCUUCCAGAUUAUCAGGACAGCGACCAGCGGAGGUAUGGCAUAAGUCUGCACUUAUGGUGUUAAGGAAUUGCGAGGAGACUGGUCUUGCAUUGGGCUUUUCUUUUCUGUUAGUUUUGUAGGGAAACUGAUGAUAUAUUUACUAGAGAUAUGCUUAAGUUGUGAAAUGUUCGGAAUUUGAAUAAGACCUCCCCUUUCUUUGUCUGGUCAUUGUGCUUUGUCUGCUACUUUUUUCAUUUAUGCAAUGAGAUGGACUAAAAACUGAUAUAUUAGUGGUUGAA